AUGGAGCGUACUGGAGCCUUUUUUGAUGAAGAAUGGGAAUCAUUGAGCAAAAUGUUUUCUAGUGAAGAUUCUGAUCUUAUGCUGCAUUUAGAUGGCAGUGAGUUGUUUUUGAAUCAAGUCGAAAAUGGGUUGAGCUCCGAAAUUCCAUCGAUUUUUUUGGAUAUUACAGAAGGAGAUGUUGCUGCUGGAGUUGAUGAAACAGUAUUGUUUUCCACUGAUCAUGCUCUUGACACGACUAACUUUUAUUAUGUUUCUCAAGAAAGUAGCAACAGCAGUACUGAAAUUGACAAAGUCUUUUUUCCCAUCAAUCCAGAAAAUGUUGUUAAUUUUCCUGAUCAGUCCACCCGUUUCUGUAGUGUGGACUACAAAAAUGAUAAUAACUUUCCAGCCAGUUUUCCUGCUGAUCAUGUGAUGGAAGACAUUUUGGUUAUGGGCAGUGGCCAACUGGAGAAAGUAAAAAGUCAUACUGCAGAAAUUGAUGAUUCUGCCAAGGAAAUACAGCUCAAGAGGAAUUCUGGGACACCAGAAGAACAACUGGAAGAAAAUCCUCCAAAGAAGAAAUCUAGAGUUUCUAGAGAUGCAUCCAGAAAUAAACCGCAGAUUGCUCAGACGAAGAAGAACAAGAAUGUCAAUAAAAAUUGCAAUGAUGAACUAGAAGAGACUAAUGGUGGAGAAAAUGGAAGGAGUUCUAGUAGUUGCAGCUCUGAGAAUGAUUGCAUUGUUUCUCAAGAAUUAAAUGGAGGGGAAAAUUCAGAAUCCAAAGGCUCAGCCACCGUGAAUUCAAAUGGCAAAGCAAGAGCCAGUAGGGGUUCUGCAACUGAUCCCCAAAGCCUCUAUGCAAGGGUUGACAUUAGCACAAUGCUCGAAGAGGCCGUCCAUUAUGUCAAGUUUUUACAGCUUCAAAUUAAGUUAUUAAGCUCUGAUGAUAUGUGGAUGUAUGCUCCUAUUGCUUACAAUGGAAUGGACAUUGGCCUUUAUGAGAAAAUUUCUCCACCUCCAUGUUAUUGA